AUGUCUAAUGACGAAAUAUAUACUGGUUGUAAAGAUUUUUUGAGACUAAACCAUGAUAAUAUCAUUGAUUAUCCACCAUUUACAAAGGAUUUGAUGGAACCUGGUUUAGGAGAUUUCUUCGAGCAGGAGCUUCUGGUCAGCUGUCUAUCUGACUCAGGAGUAUCAGCAGUUUUUCUGACCCAAGUGAUAGUGGUGGAAGCUCCUGCUGAAACAAUGAAAUAUAACGAAAUAAUAUCUAAUCGAAAACAACUUGUGCUUAAAAGCACUCUUGAUGCAGAAGGCCUUGGUCUGUUAAAUGUGGCAAGUAGGCUACAAUCACGGAAGAUUACCUUGGAUUACGAAGACCAGAUUGCAAAAUUGAUACCCUCUUCUGAUAAGCGUUCUCUUGAUCAUACCUCAGCGAAUGAUAAAUCUACAGCUAAGAGAGUUAAAAGUUUUAAUAAUGAUGAAUCUAUGAAAAAUCCAGAACAACAACUGCAAUGUUCUCCUCAUGAAACACAAAAUGCUAAAGAUAAUACACCACCCCUUCUUACAACAAUACACGAAGAUUCGACUCUUAUUAUUACAAAGACUAUGAUAUUGCUCACCAAAUACUUGAACACUGCUAUUGUUGAAUUUUCAAGUAGUAGGAAGGCAUCCUUCACUAAAGAAAAUAGUGACCAUGUUAAAUUGUGUCGAAAUGCGAUAAGAAUUCUAAAUUUCAUGUUGCAAACAAUACCAAGCAAAAAUGCCCGAAUAUACUUGAUACAAUUUGUCAACAGCUAUAGCUAUCUUAAGAUUGAAUAUUUGGUCCGUCCCUUACCAUCAGUGUACUUUCUUGACCGUUUUGUAUGUACUAAAGUACCUGAGACCUUUGACGACAUUGAAAAGUUUACCAAAGAUAUGGUGGAAUUGAUAUCUUGGCAGGAAAUAAACAAAAUUCCUUACACAGCUGGAAACAGUAAUGUAUGCACAACUCCAUUAGAAGAUACACCAAAAAAGGACAAAAAGAAAGUCACGAAGAACAAUUCAUAUUCAGGAUCACCAUGUCCUGGGUCACCAGGCUCGCCAUUGAUAUAA